CUUAAGGUCAGGUGCCAAUGGUGAAAUGGAGUUUGUGUCGGCUUGGAUCGUGUCUGCUUGGACUCUAUCAUUUCUGUGUUUCUUUUGGGGCACGCAUGCCCAGCAGGCCUUCAGGACUGAGCCCAGGAACCUCACUGUGCGAAUGGGAGCCACAGCUGUGCUGAAGUGUGAGGUCCUCAGGGCCUCGGGGAUUGUGCAGUGGGCGAAAGACGGCUUUCUUUUGGGACCUCAGAGAAGCCUGCCAGGCUUCCCACGCUACAGCAUGAUUGGAAGGAGAGGACAGUAUAAUCUCAGGAUUGAAGAUGCACAACUUGAUGAUGAUGCCUUCUUUGAAUGCCAAGCCGGCCAAUCUGAGAGAAGUGAGGCUAUUGUCUCCAAUCCAGCCUUUCUCACAGUACAAAUUCCCCCAUCGAAGCUGUAUUUUACUACGGAUGUGACAGCACCCUGGGUGGCUGGAAAGAAGUACAUGGUUGAGUGCGUGGCCCCUGACGCAAAGCCUGGAGCUGAUAUCACUCUGUAUAAAGAUGGAGUCGAUCUGACAGGUGCGACGUCUUUUACCACAUCUGGCUCAAAGGAUAAGCUUCUGAACACGCACGCUGAAGUAACGGUCACUGCUCUGAGAUCUGACAAUGGGAGAGAGUUGACAUGCCAGGCCAACAAUGAAGCCGUUUUCCAGCCGGUGGUGACCACAGUGACCAUGAAUGUGUAUUAUCCUCCUGAGCCUCCAUAUAUUAUUGGUUUGGACAGAGACGUGGUUAAAGCAGGGAGUUUGCUCGUGUUGGAGUGCGUAUCCCAUGGUGGAAACCCCCUGGGCACUCUCCAAUGGACUAAGGAAGGCGAAGUUCUCUCAACAACCUGGGGAGAGCAAGUCGUGGGCCAGAAGUCCAGAAAUAUCCUCAGACUAAAGAUCACCCCUGCUGACAACCAGGCAGAGCUGAGCUGUGAAAGUGCCAAUAUUGUCUCCCUGUCUCCUCAGUCCAUCACCCACAAAAUAACAGUGUUCUUCGGUCCUGCAAAGCUGAUGCUGUCGGGUUCGCUGGAGGCCAUCGAAGGGCAGGAGUUGACUCUGAGCUGCCAUGCGUCCUCGAGUAAUCCCCCCAUCCACAUUCGCUGGUGGCUGGGGCACAAGGAGCUCAGCAACACCUCUGUCACAACGGAAGAGGGAGAGAACGGAGGGAUAGCAACCACCUCCAAUGUGACCCACCAGGUCUCUCGGGAGGAGAAUGGACUGGAGCUUACCUGUGAGGCCUUUAAUAACGGCACACAUCUCUCCAAAAUCCAGGCCGCUAAGCUCACUGUAUACUAUCCUCCGCAAAAAGUUUUUAUUGAUUCACCGCCUGAGGACAUCCCUCUGCGCUCGGGCACCAGAGCCCUGCUUGUUUGCCACUCGACUGGAGGGAAUCCUCCUGCGAAGCUUACCUGGUUUAAGGAUGGAAAAAAGGUUUCAGAUGCACAGUCACAGACAUCCUCUAAUAUGGUUGUAACUCGGGUGCUCAACCUGCUCCUGACGGCGAGUGACAACCAGGCUGCCUACCGCUGUGAUGCCACAAAUGAGGCAAAGAGAACAAUAUCAGCACAUGCUAAGCUACUGGUCCAGUUUACAGCUGUGAGUAUGAAGAUUACAGCCAAAGAAGAAGUGUUUUACCGAGGUCAGCAGAUGGAACUGCAGUGUCUUUCUGGGAGCAGCAACCCAAAGUCCGACAUUUCCUGGAAAGUGGGCCUAUUGAGAUUCCAGGGAGUUGCGGAGGCACCCAAGAAGGCUGAGUUUGGGGGCGUUUCUGUGCUCAGUAGGCUUCACCUGAAUCUGACUUCACAACACCACAACCAGAAGGUGAUCUGUCAGGCCUACAGUCCUGUGUUGGAAGAGGGAACUAGCACGUUUUACCAACUGAAUGUGCUAUAUCCUCCUGAAUUCAGUUCUGAGCAAGCAACAGAAGUCCAGGUGGUGGAGGAUGAUGUGGCAACCAUCCCCCUGAUGGUCUCAGCAAACCCCGAGGUGGUCUCCUGCAUUUGGCUUCGCCGCAAGCAGAUGCUAGUCAAAGGGGAAGACAUACGCCACCACUGGUCAGAUGACCACUCUCUGGAGAUUAGGAAUGUGACAAGAAAAGAUGGCGGACUUUACACUAUCAAAUGUGAAAAUGGUGAAGGUGUCAACGAAACCACUGUUAAGCUGGAUGUUUACUAUGCUCCGACUGUCAAGGCAGAGAAAGACCCUGUGUAUGUUAACCAGGGGGGAAGAGCAGACCUGAUAUGUGUGGCAGAUGCCAACCCCAUUAUACCGGAGAUGUUCUCUUGGAAAUGGCUGGGAGAGGAAGAAGUGGAGAUGGGAGAGGAGACCAACGAAAACAAAUCAAGCUUGCUGACCAUUCAUAAUGUGACUCGGGCUCAUGCUGGUUUUUACCAGUGUACGGCCAGCAAUGGCAUAGCACUCCCUGGCAGUGUGGAAAUGAAGCUGCUGGUGCAAUUCACUCCGGAACUUCGGAAAGGACCCCAGUGGAGGAAGGUUGCCAGUCGAGGGGAUGGCACUGCCACUGCUGAGUUGGUGUGUCAGGCAGAGGGCAUUCCUCCUGUAGAGUUUACUUGGGAAAAGAAAGGGAUGCUCAUAGAUCUGGCAAAUCCCAGGUAUGAGGAGAGGACAGCGAGGGAUGGCUCUUUCCACACCAGUACUCUGCGAGUGGUGAAUGUGAGCGCCACUCUGGACUAUGCCGUCUUCAGCUGCACUGCUCGCAACUCACUUGGGGAAGACAAGCUAGACAUCCAGCUCGUCAGCACAACUCACCCAGAUCCACCUUCGUCAUUUAGUCUAGUCAGUGUCACCCAUGACUCCGUCACUCUAGAGUGGAUCCCCGGCUUUAAUGGGGGUUUGCAGCAGCGAUAUCGCAUACGAUACAUCUGGGACCAGUCUGUCAGCUUCAUGUAUGUAGAUGUCGUUCCCCCUGAUACAACAACCUUCACCGUUACCGGUCUGCAGUCUCAGACCACCUACAGCUUCUCAGUUAAUGCCCUAAACUCCAUAGGAGAGAGUGGCUAUGCUGACGACGGUGCAGUACUGACCAUCACCACUGAGGUGAAGAAAGAUUUAGAAGGGGAUCAAUCGGAUGAUAACACUCAGGCUCCAAGUGGCCUGUCAACCCAUUUGACUGUGGCCUUCACAGUGGUGUUUGGAGUCCUGCUGGUGUUGAAUUCGCUGGGCUGUUUCUUUGGGCGGAAGUGGAAAAACAGGCGUGACAAAACAAAGGCAGAGAGGGACAGUGUGGUGAAUGGGCAGAAGAGUGAAGAGGAUGUGUCAAGUCAAUCAACUAGCAACUCCAAUAAGUACGAGAGCAGAGAAAAAAUCAACACCGGAGCCCAACGCACCCUCCUCGUUGACACUGGAUCUGAAACAGAGAGCAAAGUCUACGAGAGCUACACAGCGUUUCAGGAAGACUCCCAUUAUUAUUAUCCUACUGGUGACUAUAAACCCUACCAUGGUCCACAUCCUGAGGACAGACAUGGCCUUGGUGCCGUUCCUGUGAACUUUGAAAGCCAUUUGUAUGAAGACGUGGGUGACAGAAGAGUGUACCAGGACACACUGGCUUCCUCUCUUCCUGCCUACCGUCCACUUUUCUCUGAUCACAGACUGAUCCAGCAAGCAGAGGACUGGAGGCCACCAACAGACCCUCAGGGUAUCAAGAGAGACGGGCAGUUCAUGAAUAAUCAACAACCGGAGCAGGAUUAUGAUCUACCCUUCGAGUUGCGAGGAGAAUUAGUCUAGAUUGAGACAAUGCUAUCAAUUAAAUAAUUUGACUCGAUAGUAGGAACUGAGUAAAUUGCUGUAAAGAAGUAUAUACUCCUGUCUUUUUUUUUCUAGAACUUGAUUUAAAUUAUAUUGAAUUAAGAGCAAAAAUAAAUGUAAGUUUUUCAACUUUAAAGUUUUGUUUUUACUUUUUAACCAUUAAAAUAAUAAGUUGAUCUAAUUCACUGUCAUAAAUUGCAAACUGUUGCUGAAUAGAAGGCAAGAAGAAAGCUACAGUAGAGGAAAGAUUUGAAAGCUUCGGUCCCCUUAUUGCAGUCAGGAAUAUCAACGUAAUAAAUAUUGUUUUUCUUUCAAUAAAUAUCCUUAUAUUACACUAUAAGGUUAGUUUUGACUUCUGCUCCUCAUUUUAUGCCCCCUUCCACUUUCUGCCUCUUUUUUAGAGCCGAGUCAUCGUCAUUACCCACACUCCCCCCACUGCCUCCUACGGGCCUGCAGGUAGACAUGAAUCAGUCGGUUAGAGAUAGAAAUGAACUGAUAUGUGUGCGGUUGGCACUGGAGCAGAAGCAACAGAGGCUCACGGUGCCACCCAAGCAGACAUCAUCCUUUUGACCCAUCUGACAUUAACAUUUUCCAGUGUGUAUCCAGAUGAGAACCUGAUGACAGGGCCCUCUCCCUCCCCCCACCGACUACAAAGACUUUUCAGAUCUGACAGCUGGUCUUACGGAGUCCCUACAAUGGGAUCAUACUGAGCGGUAUUUAGCACAGCUUCAUCUUAAGACGAGAGAAGCCAUAUCUGUGACCAGACUUUAUAAUCCUGUUUUCUCUCGGACUGGAAUUCAGCUUAAAGCAUUGGUGAAGGGGAGAGACCAUGCUGGGAAUUUGCAGUCAGAGAGAAAGAGAGAGACUGAGAAGAGAAAAGGGUUAAGCUAAGCUUCAUAUGUGGCUACUGCAACAAAAAAUAUUCUCUGCUUUAUAGAAAACCAGUACUUUUGGUACCUCUUUGUCAAAUAUCAAAUGGUAUUUACACAAAGAAAAAGAAAAAGAAAUUAUUGUGAUAAUCUUCUCAUAUGAAAUAUAAACAGUGUAAAAAUUCAAGUCAGAAAUCAGUUUGUGAGUCUGGACUUGUUCAAAUAAUUUUAGUAUAAAAUUGUAUUUUACACCAAGUUCCUUUUGAAGACCUGCAGAAUCACACACAUUAAGAAAAUAUGUGCAUAUUUGAAUAAAAACCCUUUUGGCAUAUUCGUUCAAACUACUAUCGUACCCUGGUGAUGGUUUACCUUGCUCUAUCCAAUACUGCUCAGAC